AGUAAAUAUACCUGCAUCGUUUAAUUACUUGGAAGCAGCUACACAUGCACCUAUAUAUAUGUCCUGCAACAUGUUGUUACCUGUCACAAUCACCACGUACUUAGUACACCUAGUACACCUAGUACACCUAGUACACCUAGUACGGAUAAUAUAAUAGGCAAGAGAAUGUCGAUCAGUUGGAAGCAAGAGAAUGAGAAUGAUAGAAGAUGGGAAGUUUAGUUUAAUUCUCUCUUUGAUCAUACCGACACUGUAGCACAUUAUACACACAUUCUCGCCCACCUAAACACAAACACAAACAUACACAAAUCUACCCCCCAUUCCUAAGAACUACCUACCCUGAACCAUAAUCAGAUUUUUUUUUCUUGUUUCUUCCUUUGAGCCUCGGGCGCCUCAUCAGCCGGUACAACUCUUGUUGCCUGCCCAGUAUUACACAGGAUCUACAGACAAAGCAAAAUGCACGCCUUCAGCUAUUUUGCCCUCUCCAUCAUCGGCGUGGCCUAUAGCCUGCCAACACUGCUCGCCGAGAGCAAGAGGGGGCUCAUCAAAGUCAGCCCGGAUCUCGAUCUCGGUUUAGAUGUCAACAACGACAACUCUUGUCUCGGGUUAGGCAUCUCUGUGUGCGAUCCCAUCACGGUUGACUCCAACAAGACCUCGACGGUAACGAAAGGAAGCAGCAGCAGCAGUAGCAGUAGCAGCAUUAGCCCUCCAUCCUCUACACCCACAGCCAAGGAGGCUUCAUCCUCCGGGGAUGACCCACUGAUUGACAUUAGCCCCGACCUAGGCCUAGAUCUCGGCCUCAGCAACGAGAAUAGCUGCCUAGGAAUCGGCAUCAGUGCCUGUGACCCCAUCACCGUCGGGUCAGACGUUACCAACACCGUCGACAAAGGCGAUAAUGACGCUGAUACCAGUAGCAACCCUGAUUCGCCCUCGAAGGAGAAUACCCAGCAGUCUAGCUACCCAACUUCCACCACCUCAACUUCAGCCUCUACAUACCCUACCACCACUUCCAAAUCCACACCUACUUCUACCCCCACCCAAAUCACUAGCGCAGGAAGCAAAAGUACUGGCGGCGGUCUACUUGAUCUGAGCCCAGUGCUAUCGCCAGACGUCAACCUGAACAACGACAACAGCUGCCAAGGCAUCGGCAUUUCUGCCUGCGACCCCAUCACUGUCGACUCCAACGUCAAUAACACCGUCUCUAACUAAUGAAUUUCCCUUACCCUCGCCAACAUACCCACUAAGCUUCUUUCAUGGAUUUCCAAGACAUAAAAUGUAUUAUUUGAAAGAUAUAGGGAGAAAGGGGCCACAACUUAAUGACUAAUUGGGCCGUUUCGUUACAUUUAUUCCUGUAUAUACUUUUAUAUAAGUGUGAUACCUUCCUACCUAUCUAUCUAUACGUACCUGUAUAAUCUAUAAUCCAUCAAUACAACCUUAUGAAGUAGUGCAACCUCAUAGUCAACCGUUUAAUGAACA